GACUCCCAAAAGCCAUGUUUUUUUUCUGGUGUCCUAAAUUACAUUUUUUCAAGUGACUCAAGAUAUAGAACACCAAAUCUGCAACAGCACACCUGUCGAAAAGGAACGGUUAUCGUCUGAGAUUUCAGAGGCAACCUGAGCAGCAACGGGAUAUUCAUGGAAACGGACCGACUCCUAAGAGACGUUUAUACAAGAUGGACACUGAGGUACUAUAUAGCCGAGGUAAUACAGAAAACGAAUACUUUCAACGACCCAAGAAACACAAAAUAAUCCCUGCAGAAGAAAAUGAACAAGUAAAGAGGAUACACCUUGACAACCAGGACUCAACGGAGGAUCGAAAUGCUAUAGCCAUUGUCGGCGUAGGGUGUCGUUUUCCCGGCGCAGAUAAUUUAGACGAUUUUUGGAAAGUGUUGUGCAAUGGCGAAAAUCACGUGGUGGACAUCCCCAAAGAUCGUUGGGAUAAUGACCUGUACUAUGAUUCUGAUCGGCUCUCGACCGGGAAGACAUGCAUCAAAAAGGCUGGAUUCAUCAAAAAUUAUGAGUGGUUUGACAAUGACGUGUACGGCAUAAAUGAUGAAGAAGCAAAACGCAUGGACCCCCAGCAGAGAUGGGUUCUGGACUGCUGCUAUAUGGCACUUGAAAAUGCUGGGAUUCCGCUUGAAACCGUCCGUGAUAGCAACACAGGCGUAUACAUAGGUAGCAUGAACGAUGAUUUCAAGGACCUCAUGCAAGAUCCUGAAACCAUGAACGAAUACUCAGUGACUGGAGCGUCAAGCAGCAUCCUAUCAGCCAGGGUUUCGUAUGUCUUUGGCCUUCGAGGCCCCUCCAUGACCAUAGACACUGCCUGUUCCUCGUCACUAGUUGCCAUAAAUGCGGCUUCAAAUGCUUUACAAAACGGAGACUGCGACAUGGUGUUGUGUGGAGGAGUUAGCUGCAUUUUGAACCCGUACGCUCAUAUUGCACUUAGCAAGUCAGGAAUGGUGUCCCCGACAGGCCAAUGUAAGGCGUUUACCGCCGAAGCUGACGGAUAUGCCCGCGGAGAGGGAUGUGGGAUUGUAGUGUUAAAAAGACUGAAAGACGCUCUGGAGAACAAUGAUAAUAUUUGGGCCCUGGUGUCAUCGGUCGUGAAUCAAGACGGUUCCACCGCGCACCCGAUGACCAGCCCCUCAAAAGAUCAACAAAUGGCAUUAUUCAGAAAGUUAAAAGACAGACAAAGCAUUGACCCCGAUGAUGUACAGUAUGUUGAGGCUCAUGGAACAGGCACCCAGGUUGGAGAUUUCACCGAGGCUAAUUCAAUAGGCCAGUUUUUUGAACGAGGUAAGAGACAAUUGCCCAGUAUAACUAUAGGCUCCGUGAAGACAAACAUAGGUCACCUUGAAUCAGCUGCUGGAGUGGCAGGGCUGAUCAAAGUUCUUCUCAUGAUGAAACAUGGUCUUUUUGUGCCCUCCUUACACUUCAAAGAUGGCAAACCCAAUCCAAAAAUACCAUUUAAAGACCUUGGCUUGAGAGUUUCAACAGAAAUGACAUCAUGGAAUUUCCCAAAUGACCAAAGACGAAUGGCAUUUGUUAACUCUUUUGGAUUCGGAGGAACAAAUGCUGCCGCUCUCGUGAAGCAAUUUGAAUUACCUGAAGCACCCAGCACCUGUAAUGAAUUAGCUUUUGUUGCCAAGGACUCUGAUCCACCCCUAAAUACCCCUGGUACCGAGGUUUGCAAACAAAAUGGAUCUUCGUCAGCCAUUGGAUUAGGUAUCACAGGCGCCUCAAUUCCCCAUAAGGUGAUUUGCAUCUCUGCCAACUCGGUGGGUUCCCUGAGACGCUCUGCAAAUGAAAUCAUAGAUGAUAUUACCAACAAAUGCUUGACAGAUCAGGACCUUGACAUGCUAAUGUAUACGUCUACAUGCAGAAGGACGCACCAUCGUGUUCGGCUCGCAACAGUCACCACUUCUGUUAAAGACCUUCGGGACAAGCUCUCAUCAUGCUUAAAACGACAGUUUCAUGUUGAAAGAAAGAAGGUGCGGGUCAUAUACUUAUUCUCUGGCGUUGCAACAACAUGGAAGGGAAUGUGUCACCAGCUGCUGAUGUUCGACAAAGUCUUUUCAGCAAAAAUGUCAGAGAUUGACAAGAUUCUAACCCCCAAGACAGGUUGGUCUGUCUUGAAUAAAUUAGUUGAUCAGGAAGAUGUGUCUGAUCCAGAAGUCGAACCAAUAGUGAUAUUUGCUUGUCAGGUUUGUCUCGUCGCAUUGUGGCGCCACUGGGGCAUUGAACCGCAUGCUGUUGUUGGUCAGUCUGUUGGUGAAGUGGCAGCUUUCUACUGCGCAGGUGUCAUGUCCUUGGAAGAGGCAGCACAUAUAAUUUGCACACGCACAAAACAUGUGUCAAAAGCGGGAAAAGGUCAAAUGAUGGUAGUAGAGAAUUUUGCUACUGAAAAACUUAAGCCUCUUUUACAAAAUAAGUUCAAUGGGGCAGUCGAAAUUUCCAUUUUCAAUAGUCUCAUGUCAAAUACAGUGUCUGGUAGUCCCGAGCAUAUAAGAACUUUGAAAGAAAUUCUCGGGGAACAACAUUAUACUGCUGUGAAUACCAUCGACUUGCCUGUUCAUAUUGCCUAUCAUUCUCAACACAUGGAAGCUGCUGGCCAAAACAUUGCGUUUGAACUUAAGGAUAUGACAUUGGGAACGGCUCACAAAGACAUGCGCAAUACGCAAAAUAUUGCAUUAUACUCAACGGUAACGGGAAGAUGCUUGGAAACAGAUGAUCACGUCCCUAGUUCAUACUGGAGAGAGAAUGUCAGAUGCCCUGUUUUGAUGAGUGAGGCCAUUGGAGCUGCGCUUCAGGAGGAAUGCACCAACGUUGUGUUGGAGAUUGGUCCAAGACCAGUUUUUGGACGUUUCAUUGAUCAGUUUGAAAAUGCUAAUGGCCUUGUUGUGCUUCAAUCUAUGAAGAAGGGACUGAGUGCAGAGCCCCUUCUUCUUUCAUUAGCUGAGAUGUACGAAAAAGGGGUGAAUCCAUUGUGGAACAAAAUCGUUUCUAUUCCAGUGGCUUUACGACAAAAGCCUAGACAUCAUUUUGACUCAAAAGCAAAUAUCAUCCACACGCGUACUGCAAGGGAGCGUCAAUAUGGAAUGCACCACUCUUCCCACCCGUACAUAAGACGAAUGCCAGGCCCCUCUCCAGAAUACGUGGCAACCAUAAAUAAAAAAUCAACCCCUUUUAUUUAUGACCAUGUUAUGGUAGGAGCCGGAAUUGUGGUUCCUGCCGCAUUUUAUGUAGACGUGGCUCUCACUGCAGUAUCCGAGCUCUCAAACAGGCCCCCUGCAUUUUUCUUGCUUCAGAUUAAUUUUUUGGAACCAUUGUUUGUCAGCCGUGACAGUGAGCUGGAUGUUCAUGUAGUUUUUGAGUUUGAUGAGGCACAUAAAAUAGGAAAAGAUGUUUAUCCUGUUGCAAUCAAGGACAAUAAGAAAACAUUUGCUGAAGGAAAAAUUGUUAGGAAAGAUGACAUACCGAAAAGGACCAUGCUUGAUAUAUGUGAUAUUGAAAGCAGAUGCACAACAAAUUUGCCUGUUGACCAGAUUUACGAUGGACUGCAUAACGCUGGGUUUCAUUAUGGAUCAUCAAUGAAAUGUAUCACUGACUUUUUAGUGGCCAGAGAUGAAUGCAUCUCAGCAUUUGAAAUCCCCCAGCAUAUCAUUGAAGAUAUGUACCGCACUUCAAUCCACCCUUCAGUUCUAGAUUCAGUCAUGCAAACUGUAGGGGUGCUCUGCUCAGAUCCAUUGAAUGACCAAAGACAAGUAACCAAAAUAAUCCCAGUUAGCAUUGGCAGCAUAUCAGUGCUUCAAAAGCCCUCCACAACCAUGAAAGCCUACUGUCGAAUGAUGUGCCACAGAUUGGGUAAAGCCCAUUUCAACUGCUCCCUUUUGUCAGUGAAUGGGGAUGUCAUUGCUGAAUUGCGGAACUGUGUGAUGAAAUUGUUUGGCAAGAACACACCAGAGAAUUUCCUUGGUCACCUUACCUGGGACAAGGUAAAUUCAGACAGGCCUUAUGCAAAACACCAGAGUAAAGGCAUAGUUUUUAUCGACAGGAACAGUGCAGUGGCGUGGAUGGAAGGUGGGCUAAGUUUUCCAGAAUGCAGUGAAGAGGAGGAGCUCAAAAACUGGAUGGAAAGAAACCUUUCAAGUCAUCUGCAACAUUCAAAAUACAUAGUGUAUGCUUGGGGAGCAAAAACAACCAGCGAUGAAGAAAUGGACACACAGGAAAUGUUUGAGGGAUGUCAGAGAGCAUGCACAGGUUUGCGUCUUCUCAUGAAGAUUCUCAUUGAAAUGCAAAUUACGAUCCCCGUCAUCGUCCUUACAGUUUCAUGCCAAAGCAUCAGUUUCCAAGAUUUUCAGGGAACACCUCAUUUUAGCCCAUUUGGUGCCCAGCUAUGGGGAAUGGUGAGAUGCUUCUUAAAAGAGGAGACAUAUGAAAAGAUAAGUCUCGUUGAUCUCUUUUCUGGAUCCCCUGUUGAGACAGAAACACUCAGGUGCUACCUCGAAGAUCCUGAUUCCUUCGUAGAAAACCACCCUGAAAUUGUGAUUAAAGAAGACAGUGUGUACAAACCAUCUCUAACCAAGGCAAUGACGGAUCUCAACUAUGCCAGAUAUCGAAAAAAUGUGGCUGAAGAAGGAUGUCCUGUGAGACUUGUCUCCAGUGAUCCAAAUGGUUACAGUGAACUGCGAUUCCAGCACCAAGCCAGAUGCAACAAUGAGCCCAUUGACCCAGGUGAUGUUAAAGUGGACGUUCAUCAUGCAUUCCUUCAUCAGAUCAAAGGUACCCCUGCAACCAUCUCAGAAUAUGAUAAUCCUUGUCAUCUUCGGUAUAUGUCCCAGUCAGGCGACCAUGGCGUCAUUUCAUACACUUUGGUUGGUAAAGUUGCAGAUGACAACAGGAAAUCAGAUCUUUCGAAUGGUGAUGAGAUUUUCACUUGUUGUCUUUCCCCAGUUGAGUCCUUUGUCCAUGUGCCAAAAGAAUGUGUGGUUUUGUCCAGACUCAUUCCACGGGAUGUGGUCCCAAUAUUCCCUGUUGUCCACCUUGCCAAACAGAUUUUAGAUUGGUGUAUCAAACAUGCGUUCCCUGGGAGCCAGUGUCUGAUACUGGUACACAAUGAUGAUAAUUCGCCUUUGGUUCAGGUCUUGACAGACAUGGCCCGUGUUGCAAAAUUUAAUAUAGAAAGCCUGUCCAAACAUGCCUUAUCCAAGAGCGUCGGCCUGCAGUCAUGUCAGACAGUUCUGGUUAUGACUGAGAUCACCCGGUCUGAAAUUGUCCAGUUAGGGAAAGUAUUCAGCCAAGCACAAUGUCUUCUAUUCUUUGAAGAAUUUAUUCAGAGCAACAAAUACCGGGCUCUUCAAAGAUCUUUUCCAAAUGCCCAGAAGAAGAGAUUCUCAAUUUAUGAUCAGUUGUUAAUGCAUCAGUUAAGGGCAAAGGUACCAAUGACAGUGGAGUGGCUUUGUACUUACAGUGCAGACCUAGCACUGAACUACGAACUGAAGCAAUUUGUGCUGACGAAUCAGUCACCAAAUAUGCGUUUUGAAUUUGGAAAUGAAACUGUGGCAAAUACAAGAAUGGAUAUCUGCAAAGAUACCCAUGCAAUUUACAUCAUUUCAAUACCACAAUCUGGAGAUGUGUUUGCCCCCAAGAACAGACUGUUUCGUUCUGAUUCUUGCUAUGUGGUAAUUGGAGGCCUGACAGGCCUAGGUCGGCUAAUCACUGAGUGUUUAGCCAAACACAAAGCUGGUGUCAUUGCAACAAUAUCUCGUUCUGAUCCAACUGCAGAUCAGUUACGUGAGAGACGAGAUCUUGAAAUCAAACACCAAGUUACGAUUUUCCACGAGCAAGCUGAUGUUUCCAAUUACACUUCAAUUUCCUGUGCUUUUGAAAGACUUGCACAACGCAAAAUCCCAAUUAAAGGCAUUUUUCAUGGCGCUGCUGUUUUGGCCGAUGGUGCCUUUGUAAAUCAAAAUCAAGACACAUUUGAAAGAGCGAUAGCUCCCAAAAUCAAGGGUUCCUGGAACUUACACAAGCUAUCCAUCAACCUUCAUCUCGACUACUUUGUGAUGCAUUCCUCAGUCGCAUCUCUGCUGGGAAACCCAGGCCAAACAAACUACGGAGCUGGCAAUGCAUUCAUGGACAGCCUUGCUCACUAUAGAAGGCAGCACCAUCUGCCUGCACAGUCCAUCAACUGGGGCGCUCUGAACUUAGGCCUUCUAAAUCAGAACCCAAAUACAGAGCAGAGACUAAGAAAAGAAGGGAUAAAUGCAUUAAAUGAAGAAGACACAUUGGAAUGUUUCCUCCAUGCACUUCUGUGCGAUGAUGUACAGGCCAUGUAUGCAGAUAUUCCCUUCAAGACCAACAACAAAAAUCUCCCCUCGACUGAUGAAACCGAUUCACCAGAGGACACACUGAAGAUAGAACAGAUCAGGGAUUUGCCAAUUGGAGACAGAAAACAGUACAUCAAACACUGGGUGAUGCGAACGGCAGGAACAAUUCUGAUGGACCCCAAUACGAUGGAUGAAAACCGACCUUUGAGUGAUUUGGGUUUUGACUCUCUGAAUAUGAUGUCAUUCAUCCGCAAAGUAAAGGACCAAUUCCAAGUUUCCCUUACUCCCGCAGUGCUGAUGAGCAGUGAUCAAAAACCAACUACAUUUGCCGACCUCAUUGAAAGAUUUAUUGGAGUUGGAUUUCAACGGCAUAGUCCACAUUCUCCUGACAGGCGCAUCCAAAAGCCUGCCUUCACACACAGAUAUAUGUUAAAUAGUCAGGGAUCAAAAGAAGACCUCGGAAACCACAUAAUUGUGAAAAUCAGGUUACCAGAACAGAGUCGUGCUGGCGACGUAGCUCUUUGGCAAAAUAUUAUCAGGAUACUGUCAGAAGAAAACCCGACCCUCAGGAUGAGAUACAGAGGAAAUGGUGAGCUAGAAACAGACACCAUAGAGUUUCUUUUGAAUGAUCCUUUGGAGGUGCAGUGCAUAGACGGAACGGAAGAUUCAAUGGAACAAAGCAUAAAGGAGAUUAUGAGGAGCCCUUUCAACAGUUUCAUAGAAUCACCUUGGCGUGUUGCUUUUGUAAACACCACACCGCCAAUCGUGCUAUUUGUGUUUCAUCACAUAGCGGUGGACGUGGAUUCGAUGAGGAUAAUGUUCCAGGAUCAUGUCCUUCCUUAUCUGCGUAAUGCCUCGGCAGGCAUACCUUUGACAUCACAUUUGGGUAAAGUCAGCGCAAUACCUAGUUUAGCUGAGGCCUUAGAUCGCCAUCUUACCGAAGAAGAAAAGGCUAGAUUAAAAGUGUUUUGGAAAAAUAUUCUGCCUAAAAAAGUACCGCUAGUGCAAGUCUCAACCAAAGCGUUACCUGAAUGCACUUUUGGAAAGUCUCUAUCUGUAACAGGGCAGAUAGGAGACGAUUUGAUCGAGGAUUUAUUCAGAUGGCGUGAUAGCGAUGAAUUCACACCUUUUCAGUUCAUAUGUAGCAUUUAUCAACUUUUACUUCAUGCUACAUCACAAAUUGGAGGAUUUGUCAUAUCUGCCAGUGUCAACAUGCGUGUUGCACUGGGAAUGGAGGGGGUGAUGACGAAUUGUGAGAACAUUCUGCCUAUUCCAGUUCACUUUGAGAGCCAUUCUCAAACAUUCAGGGAGUUCCUGAGAACCAACAAGAACAUUAUUCGUGAAUGCUGUGUCGAAAAUGCCAUUUGUCCUCCGGAGCUAAUAUAUGAUGAAAUGCCCCAAGAACAAGUUGAGAACAUUGGGAAACAUCUCAUUAUCUACCACAGAUCCGUGAUUGAGGAAGACAAUCCCCAGUUAGGAGGAGCUGUAAUAGAGCAUUAUUUGUUAGAUUUCUACAGGGAAACCAAACUUGAAGUCAUCGAGGCUUAUCAUCCGAAGCGCAUUGAACUUAAAUUCCAGGGAUCUUGCGAUUUGCUGGACGGUGAGACGAUUCAUAUCCUCAUGAGGCGACUCAUUGCACUUGUGGAAGCUACAAUUAGAAACCCGGAUCAUACUUUAGAGACCCUAAUAGAGAACGCGAGAGCAUAACAUUUGCCAGUUGCUCUUUACCAUUAUUGAAGUAUGGAAAUCCUUGUAAAUAGUAUACCAGCAAUGUUGAUUUUAUGCAAUAGAUCAGUAGAUGGCCAAAUUUCAUCUUAUUUUGGUCACCAACGACAGCCUGGCACACAAAGCAGACAUGUUGCUGUAUGAAGCAUUUUUUUCUAGAGGGCGAAUAGGCAUAACUUAGUAUGUAUUAUAAGUAUGUAGCAGACAGCUUGCAUGAUAUAUGUCCGUUAUCCUUCAGAAAAAAACUCAUGAUCAUUGCAAUAUUUAAUACUUUUUAUUCCUGAAUUGGCGUAUUUUUCGAAUCACCGUGAUUGUAAAUAGUGGAAUGUACUUUGAGUGUUGUGAGUAAUUGAUUGAGAGGGAUAGUUACCUAAAGCAUGUCUAGUCUAGGUUCUACGGCCUGUGGAACCUUUCAAGUUUGAAAAUUUAUAGAAAUCAAAGUGCAAUAUUUAUAUCUGGAUGUUAGACUGAUUUGGCCGCGGAAAGCCUCUCAGGAAGACGGUUAUUUAGCAUUGUGCCACUAUAUAUACAUUUAAAAGAUACGUUACUCUCCUUUUAAGAGUAUGGUUACCAUGUCUUAGAUGGACCUUUUCAAAGAACCGUUAGCAUAACCUCUUCAAUUCAUUAUCCAAAAUGAACAUUUCAACAGUGGCGGAUACAGAGAGA